AUUUUAGUCGCCGAGUUCAGCUCAACGCCGAUGGUUUAGACACUGAACACUGAACACUGAGCACCGAAAGCCACCAGCUCGUUAAGCCGAAAGUGGCGUCUGAAUAAAUACAAAAAAAAAAAUAAUAAUAUAAAUAAAUAUAAAUAAAAACACAGAAGGCACCGCUCUCGUUCGCUGUACAUUGUACACGUACAUGGACUUUUAAUUCAAUUCCCAUUACCAUUCCAAAAAAAAAGAAAAAAGAAAACGAUCCAACUGCAAUUGCAGCCGUGUCAAUGUAGAUGAUUGCCAGCAAACAGAAAAAAAGCGGCGAUUAAAAAACAAACAAACUAGUCGAAAGGAGGCGAAAAUCAGUGAGUCUCAGAUCCUUUCUACUCCUUUAGCAGGAUGUCACCCAAGGACGGCAGCCUGGGCGAUGCCAAGUUCGCCAAAUACACGGUGAACCAUGAGCCACCGCCACCGCCUCCGGCGACCACGAUGACGACACAGUCCACCGGUGUGGACAAAACGAUGGCCAAGGAAAAGGACAAUGGCACAACGACCCCGCCCCCGAAACGCUCCUGGCGGGAGAAGAUCCGCCUGGUGGCCAACAACGUCACCGUGGAACCCAUCCUGGCCGCCUACAUCAUGCCCAGCGUGCUCUCCAACCUGGCCACCCAGAACCUCAACCUGGAGAAGGCCUGCCGGGUGAACAUGGCCUACGGGGACGAGGUCUGCGAUGCUCUCACCCGCCGCCAAACAGCCAACUACACACUAGAGGAAGAGACGGUGCAGCAGAUGGUGGCGCGGAUGGCCGCCUGGAAGACGGUGAUCCAGUCCCUGUUCCCCUGCCUGCUGAUCCUGUUCUGGGGAUCCUGGAGUGACCGCCACCGCCGGCGGAAGCCCUGCAUCCUCAUCCCGGUGGUGGGCGAGUUCCUCGGCGUGGUGGGCCUGAUGCUGUGCGUCUACUUCGAGAAGGCGCCCAUGGAGGCGGCCGCCCUCACGGAGGCCAUCUUCCCCUCCCUCAGCGGCGGAUGGUUCACCAUGCUGAUGGGGGUCUUCAGCUACAUAGCGGACAUCACCACGGAGGAGGACCGCACGCUGCGGAUCGGGAUCCUCAAUGUGUGCUUCUCGGUGGGGGUGCCCAUCGGAAUGGCCUUCAGCGGAGUCCUGCUCAAGCAAAUUGGCUUCUAUGGUGUAUUUUCGAUCUCGGCUGCCUUCUACGUGAUAGCCUUCGUCUACGGGUUCUUCUUCUUGGAGGAGCCGGUGGCCCGACCGGAGAAGACUGCCGGGGAGCAGAAGAGCCUGCUGGCGGACUUCUUCGACAGGGAUCACGUGGUCCAGACCUUCCGGGUGGCCUUCAAAAAAGGCGAGAACCAGCGUCGCAAACGGGUCAUCCUGCUGAUGAUAGUGGUGAUGGUAAUCAUUGGUCCGCUCCACGGUGAGAUGGCAGUGACGUAUUUGUUCACGCGAUUCCGCUUCAAUUGGUCUGAGGUGGAGUUCAGUUUCUUCUCGACCUAUGCCAUGUUCACGGGUCUCAUCGGCGUGAUCUUCUGCGUGGGCGUGCUGUCGCACAAGCUGAACAUCGAUGAUGCCCUGGUGGGCGUUUUGUCCAGCACCUCGAAGAUCCUGUCGUCCUUCGUCUAUGCCUUUGCCACACUACCAUGGCAUAUGUAUCUGGGCGGACUGGUGGAGAUCUUUAAUGGAACAGCCUUCAUUGCGAUGAGGUCUAUAGCCACCAAACUGGUGUCCAAAGAUGAACUGGGCAAGGUGAACUCGCUGUUUGGCGUGGCGGAGGCCUUGAUGCCCAUGGUCUUUGCCCCCAUGUACACCACUCUGUAUGCGGCCAGUCUGAGGGUUCUGCCAGGAGCCUUCUUCCUCCUCGGCGGCGGUCUCACCCUGUUUUCUGUGUUCAUAUUCCUAUGGAUGUACCGCUUCCAGGUUCGCCAGCGACGGAAACUAGCCUCCUCGGAUGCGGAAAACGCCUCCGUCAAGGAUCCCAAUGGCAAUAUCAACGCCAUCGAAGCUUUGGUUUUGGCCAGCGAGGGCAAGGGUCAGAUGAACGGCAUCAUUGCCAAUGUGAUACACGAAUCCCUGGAGCAUGCCGAUCCACCCACUAACACUAGCAACGCGGUGACCUCGCGACCCCACGAAACACGGGGCAUCGAGAACCAAGGAUUCGUCCAGGAGGAGGUCAAGGUCAAGGAUUGUUAGGCGAGAUGAGAGCGGGAUCAGCGUAUUACAAUCCCAUCCUCAUGUACAUACUCACAUUCCGCUAAGGGAAUCGGGAUCGGGAGUGGGGAGAACCGGAAAGUGAUUCGAAAUACCAGGAAUUUCUAGUGCUAGUAAAUCGAUUCGAUGCUAUUAAAUUAAAAUUCAUUAAAAAAAAUACUAGAUUACAAAA